UUAGGUGGGGUAAAUUGAUUAGAAAAUCCGUUUUCAUGCAAUUUUCCCUAAAGGUAAAGUAGAAAGAGGAUAUCAAGAUAGGGUGUCUUCUCUCUGUGUAAGAGGAAAACUAGAAGAGAAGGUUGAAGAAAAGGUCACAAUGUCGAAGGAAAUUGGUGAUUUUUUGGGUGGUGGAGUGAGGGAAGGCAUUACCAAAGCUGAAGAUUUAGUGAGAGAAGGGAAGGAAAGAGCGAAUUUAGUGUCCUAUGCAAUGAGAGAAAGCAUGCCGAAAACUGAAGAUUUAGUGAAAGAAGGGCUGGCAAGGGGGAAUUUAGUGGCCUCUACAGUGAGAGAAAGCAUGCCCAAAGCUGAAGAUUUAGUGAAAGAAGGGAUGGCAAGGGCGAAUUUAGUGGCCUCUGCAGUGAGAGAACGCAUGGCUAUUGCUGAGGAGAAAGUAGCAGAUUUAGUGAGAAAAGGCAAGGUUAAGAGCCAAUUGCUGGCUGAUCAAGGGCCUUGGCAGUGACAUUGGGAUUAGACAAAGUAGAUAGAGACACAGUAUCGAAGAUAGCCGUUUGGCAUUUGUUGUAGCCUGUUUGGCAUUUGCUGUAUAUUUGGUGCCCCAGCUGAUGAUGAGAGCUUUGUCUGGUGCUGCAUAUUGUGUGCUCAAGUUUGCUGCAUAUUGUGUGCUCAAGUUGACGAAGAUAGUUGUUUGUAGAGGCCGGGCUGCUGCAUAUUGUGUGCUCAAGGUGACGAAGAUAGUUUUUUACGGAGGUUGGGUUGUUGCAUAUUGUGUGCUCAAGGUGACGAAGAUAGUUUUUUGCGGAGGCCGGGCUGCUGUACGUGGGGUGCUCAAGGUGAUGAAAGCUUUCUGUGGAGGCAUGGGCAAGGGUAGUGGAAAGACUAUGAAAGCUCCAGGGAGGCCUUAUCGCAUUCCUUGAAGCACAUUUCAGAGUAAUCCCAAAGGCUAUUUUUACCAAUUACGCAGUGAUGGAUUAUGAUAUGAACUAGCAAAUUCCAAGUGUGUGGUGAAAUGUAUCCCACAGUUUUGGGCUGC